AUGAACCGAUGUCCAAACAGAGAGAAAGUCUUACUUAAUCUAAAGUGGUUUGUAAAUCGCUUCAUAAAAUCCUUUGAAUGUAAAUUAGUUCAAGCUGUUUCAUGUACAUCGAAUAGUUGUGUACAAAGUCCAUCAGGAUCUUCAAAUAUUUCAUCCCCUACACUGUCAACAUCAAAAUUUUAUAAUGAAAAUGAGAAUAAUUCUACUGAUUUACCCUUGCUACGACGUUUACUUGACCAGCAGUUAAAGCAUAAUACCAAUAAACGUGUGAAAAAUGAAAGUUCUUAUUCUAAUCGUGAUAUCAGUAAACCGCUUAAAGAACAGAAACAUACCAACCAUUCACCUUUGAUGAAAAUACGUUCCCUAACAAAUUCACCAUUAUUCCGCCGUUUGUCUUUCACUAAUAACAAUAAUAAACGACGGUCUCUACUUUCAACAGACGAAAAACUUGAUUACUGUGGUAAAAAUCAUUCUGAUUAUGAUGAACUUUGUGAAUUUGUCAGACGAAAACCAAAAAUACCAGAUGUAGUUAUCACUAGAAAGUGUUAUUCAAACGUACAAAGUCCAUCUCUUACAUCAUUUGAAAGAAAUGCCAGUAAUAAGCUUAAAGGUCCUUUAUAUCAACUUUUCGAAGAAACUACAGAAUCGCAUAGAUUUUCUGUUCUUUCAGAAUUUGCCCAACAACUUUGUAUUAUUUAUGAAUAUCAACUGGGUAUGCUGAGAAAUUUAUCUUCAAUACAUGCUGCUGCAGAUUAUGUUGCUGAUGUUGUUAUUAGAGCUAUCAAAUUAAAUAAAGUAUCAGGGAUUGAUACACGAACAUUAACACCGCUAAUUCUAUUUGAUAAUGAAUGUCGACCAAGCACUUAUAAUAAGACUGUUAAAACUUUGCCUCUAACUGUCACUGGUGAACAAUUUUCUUGGAAAUUAGGUGAUAUGUGGACAUUGCCUGGGCUAAGACAUAAUGAAGUUGGUGGUGAAAAUUGUCAUAAUUUAAGUAUUGUCACUCAUUUUCUUUCUACAACUACACCAAAUGGAGAUUACAGUAGAUCUGAUAUGUAUGGUUACCGAAAUCUAAUUUUAUUGAUUAAUGAAAAGAAUAUAGAGUCGAAUUUAACUUCUAAUUACAGUGUAAAAGAUGAUAUAAUUGGUUCAUCGGCAGCUGCAGAAAAGUCAUCAUUGCUAUCAGAAGGUUAUUCAAAUGAAAAAAUGAAUGCAUAUUUUACAAUUUCAUCUUAUGAUUAUACAACAAUAUCAAACAGUAAAAUAAAACCUGGAAAUACUCCAGAUCCACCAUCAUCAGAUGAUUCAGUAACUGAUUCAGGUUCACAGAACACACAUGGAAAUGAAGACGCCAGCAGUACAAAUCAUAAAAGUCCAGAAAGUAAACUGAAAGAAGCCUCAAGACGUAUACAUUCAUCGAGUAGUGCAUCAAUGUUACGUCAACAUUUACAUCGUGCUUAUCGACCAGUAUUUUUUCUCAUUUAUAAUCGUCCUAGUGUAAUUGAACAUUUAACUGAAUGUGAUUCAUUUGCAGCCUUCUGUAAACGUCAAGCAUUGAGUCCAGUGAUGUUUUUAAAUCAACCAACACGGUUAUUUGAUAAAAAGCCAUAUCCAUGUAUUUAUCAAAAUUUUGAUUUGUUUAAAGUAUCUGUAGCUGGAUAUUUAUCACCGAAUGAUACUGAGACGACAACAAGCGUAGAUAGAAAUAAUUAUACAGCUAAUGGGAAUAUAUCAAGUGGUAUUACUGAUGAUAAUAAUAAUAAUAAUAAUAGCAAUAGCAACAAUCACAACAAUAAUGAAUCCACCUUUGCACCAUCAGGUUCUAUACAUUCACACAGGCAGCAACAAAUGAAAGAAGGAUGUUAUUAUCGAAAAAUCUAA